AUGGCUCAUCAGAUUGAGCAUGGAAGAUCUAUUCCAAGAGGCCAUUCUCACAUUUUUCAGAUUCUGAAAGGUGUUGCAAAGAUGUCUGCGCAAGAAUGGUUUUCGGAGUCUCCUUCUGCGCAAGGUCUGACUGCAGAGGCGGACUGGAAGAACUUGCUUGGUCUGGAGGAUGAAGACUUGCGCUUGAUAGUGUCUCAGUCUGCGAUGGGAGCUGAGCCAGCUGUUUUUGAUAUAACAAAAUUUGUUGCAGCACCUGAUGGAAAAGCAGAUGCAAGUCAGGCUAUAGCGGAUGCUAGGAAAGAGGCUUGUGCAGCAGCAGGAUCUAGCAAAAUAUUGAUUCCAGCAGGGACAUUCUUGGCAGGUAUAGUGAAUAUUACAGAUCCUUGCAAAGGGGCAAUAGAGGUAGAAGUUCAGGGAACCAUGCAAGCCCCAUCAGACCUUGUAGGGGAUGGUUGGUUUAAUUUUAACCAUAUUGAUCAAUUCACACUAUCUGGAAAAGGAACUUUAGAUGGUCAAGGAGAAGUUGCAUGGAAGGGAGUAUCUUGUGAUAAAGAUCUAAAAAAUUGCAAGAAACAUCCUAUGAAUAUAAGGUUUAACUUCAUUACCAAAGGCUUAGUUCGUGACAUAACGUUUCUUAAUAGCAAGUACUUUCACGUCAAUGUAUUGGGAUAUGACCACUUCACAUUUGAAGGCUUCAUAGUCAGUACACCUGAAAAUAGCCUUAAUAUAGAUGGAAUUCAUAUUGGGCGAUCAAAGGGAGUGACUAUAUCUAAUGCCAAAAUAGGCACGGGUGAUGAUUGUAUCUCUAUUGGUGAUGGAACCGAAAAUCUAAAAAUCACAAAAGUGGCAUGUGGACCUGGUCAUGGCAUCAGCAUAGGGAGCUUGGGGAAGUAUGAGAAUGAAGAUCCUGUUUUCGGAAUUACUGUUUCUGAUUGCACCCUCACCGGUAUAACAAAUGGUGUUAGAAUUAAAACUUGGCCUGCAUUGUUGGGAAAUCCUGAGAUUUUUGCAACCCAUCAUCGUGAACCCAGAAAGUGGGGCAUUAAAGGUGACCCGAAUUUGCUUGAUAGCCUACCAAGGCUGGGCGCGAAUGAGCCGGUGGUCUUUGCUGGCUUGCCAUUCCUUGUCAGGGAAUCACAUGGUCACAGAGUGCUGGCUCAACGAAUGUUGGAAUUGCUGUAA